AUGAUUGAACUAGGAUUGAGUAGGGUCGCGAGUCUGCUUCAGCAGACUCCGCUUACAUGGAAGGCCAUUCACAUUGCUGGGACCAACGGCAAGGGCUCUAUCAGUGCCUACUUGUCCCAUCUGCUGUCUACUGGAGGAGUUCGUUGCGGACGCUUCACUUCCCCGCAUUUGAUCGAUCGGUGGGACUGCAUCACCAUCGGCGAGAAGGUGGUCCAGGAAUCCCUCUUUCGACAGAUAGAAGAUCAGGUCAAACUACGAGACCAGGCAUUAGGCAUCGGCGCCUCCGAAUUCGAGCUUUUGACCGCAACUGCCUUCGAGAUAUUCAACCAUGAGCGAGUCGAGGUCGGAGUCGUCGAAGUGGGCAUGGGAGGUCGCCUAGAUGCCACAAAUGUUCUGACUGAUGUCCUUGUGUCCGUCAUUACAAAAAUUGGGAUGGAUCAUCAAGCAUUCCUGGGGUCUACGAUUGAGGAGAUUGCCCGUGAAAAGGCAGGCAUUCUGAAACCCAGCGUACCAUGCGUGAUAGACAACACAAACACGCGGGAAGUAAUCGAGACGGUGAAAGAUCGUAUUCAAGAACUCGGUAUUGAAUCAUCGUUCGUCUCUCCAGCGCAAGUCUAUGAACAACUUCCGCCACUUGCGUCUUUGUUUAAGAAGCUCGACUUGGAGCCACAUCAACAAGAAAAUAUGUGCUGCGCAGUCUCCGCUCUGCGCCUCGCCUUGUCCCAACUCCGACCUGAAUCAGAUGUUUUCUCGUUGCUUCCAUACCUCGCCGACGUGACUUGGCCAGGCCGACUGCAAAAGAUCGCCCUCCGACCCUUGGUUGACCGCGCAGAGCCUAUUUUACUCGACGGUGCUCAUAAUGCACAGUCUGCCGAAGUUCUUGGCAAAUACGUGGAUCGCAGGAUGCGUUCCAAUGGAAAGCCAGUCACUUGGGUUGUUGCCGCAUCAAGUGGUAAAGACUUGGCUGGAGUAUUCGGCUCCAUUAUCCGCCCCGGGGAUCGUGUUGCAACGGCCGAGUUUGGUCCUGUGGAUGGAAUGCCAUGGGUGACUUCAACCAAUGCCCAAGAACUCGCUUCUUCAAUUCAAGCUAUCCACGAUAUUGGCCACGUCCAGAGCUUCGAGGGUGAUCUACUCCCUGCUCUCAAAUGGGCCAGUCAAGAGGCCCAGGGCGAGUCUCUUGUCAUUGCUGGUAGCUUAUACCUUGUCUCCGAUGUGUUGCGUCUUCUUCGAGAGGCACAGAAAUGA